UUCAUCUUCCUUCUCUGUGCAUACGUUUACAUUCGACUUCAAUGUGUCUAGUCUCUCCCCUCCUUAUUUUGGAAACAUGGAACUUCUAUUCAUGCCUUUGGAAGGAGAACGAAGGAACUUCUAUGGAAGAGAGCGAACCUUGAUUUGGAUCGCAUUGUUGUGACAAAGGUUAACCUUCUACAUCGAUCGAGGAUUUAAUUUUACUUUGAAGAUUGACAUUCGGGGAAGAAAAUGACCGUUUUGAAUUUACCUACUCUUAUGGCUGUUAUUGCUGUUAUGCAUGGAUUUGUUUCAACUGCUCGAUCAAUUAUAGUUAGACCAGGCUUGGCAUUUUGUGCCGGGCAAGUAAAUACGUAUUGAAGAAUCUACGUUUCUGACGAGUACUCGGAAGAGGUACUAGAAAUGGAAGUAGACAGUCCCGCGGAAGAUGAGAUCGAGAAGGAAGAAGAAAACGGCGAAAACGAGGAGAAUGGAGAUUCCCGAGAUCUCGAGGAACAGGACGAGCCUAUGGAGAGCGAGCAAAACGAAGAGGAAACCAGUAAUAAGGUUGAAAGCGAGCCAUCGGACAGCGACGACGAUGAGGAUAACGCGGACGAGACAGAGGUUGCGUUGCUGGAGACGUCUCUCGUAGAAGAUCCUUAUAAUUACGCCAGUCACGUAGCCCUCAUUGCUAAGCUGCAACGAAUGGGUGAACUGGAACGAUUGCGAGCUGCAAGGGAAAAUAUGAGCUCUAAGUAUCCCUUGAGUCCCGACCUGUGGCUAUCCUGGCUGCAAGACGAAAUUAAACUAGCAACGACACCCGAGCAAAAGGCUGCUGUCGUGCAACUUUGCGAACGAGCCGUUAAAGAUUACCUUUCAAUUGAUAUUUGGUUGGAAUACUUGCAGUUCAGUAUUGGUAAUAUGGGCAGUGAGAAGGACGCGGUAAAAGACGUGCGCCAAUUGUUCGAGCGCGCUCUUACCUCUGUGGGCUUGCAUUUCACCAAAGGCGCUAUCAUAUGGGAAGCUUUCCGAGAGUUUGAAACAGCCUUGCUGGCAAUGGUUGACGUUUCAAACAAGGCUGAAAGAAUUGAACAACUCGAUCGUAUUGGGAGCCUCUUCCGUCGUCAGCUGGCAUGUCCCCUGCUCGACAUGGAAAAAGCUCACGAAGAGUAUGUGGCUUGGCGAGCCAGCGAGGGAGCGAAAUCGAACAUUGACGAUAGUACCCUGAACAGUGGAUACACUCGUGCGAUUGCAAAAUGUACCGUCCGCUUGCCUUUCGAAGAGAAGCUUCUUUCAGCCCAAGGUGAAGCUGAAUUAUUGGAUGCUUUCAAAGGAUAUCUACUGCAUGAAAAGCAGAACGGUGACCCAGGACGCAUCACCGUGUUGUACGAGCGUGCUGUAUCUGAAAUUAGCUUAGAAGCAUCUCUAUGGUUGGAUUACAUCAAUUAUUUAGAAGAUAACAUCAAAAUGGAAUCGGUAUUGUUGCCAGUGUAUGAACGUGCAGUAAGAAAUGUGCCAUGGUGUGCCAAGAUUUGGCAAAAGUGGAUCAGAUCCUUUGAGAGGUGGAAGAAACCACUGUCGGAAGUGCAGAGCAUCCUGGAAAAUGCCCUGGCAGCUGGGUUCCCAACUGCGGAGGAGUAUCGUGACGUCUGGCUCACUUACCUGGAGUAUUUGCGUCGUGGAAUUAACCGGGACUCUGAAGAGGAGGACAAGCAGUUGAAGAUCGUAAGCAGUACCUUCAACAAGGCCUGCGAACACUUGGCGAACAACUUCGGCCUUGAAGGAGAUCCCAGUUGCGUAAUUUUACAAUAUUGGGCGAGGACCGAAGCGAUUCACGCGGACGACAUAGAGAAGGCUCGUAAAUUGUGGGCUGAUAUAUUAUCGCAGGGCCACUCUUCGACAGCUGCCAGCUGGCUGGAGUACAUUCGGCUUGAGAGGAGUUACGGGUUCACAAAGCAUCUCCGAAAGCUUUACCAGAAAGCCUUGACAUCCGUCAAAGACUGGCCAGAGAGCAUUGCCACUGCUUGGUUAAACUUUGAACGUGACGAAGGCACCCUGGAGCAAAUGGAGUUCUGCGAGGCGAAGAUCAAGGAGAGGAUGGACAAACUCGCGGAAGAGAGGCAGAAGGCGCAGAACGCAUCUCCAAAAUUUGAGACGACUUGCUCCGGCAUCUCCAAUCGAAAGGCCAAGCGAAAAAUAGAAGACGGAGGCAGGUGGAAGAACUUGGGUGGCUCCCCGAAGAAGUUGUUCAAGGAAGGUGCGAACGUUAAAUUAAAGUCGCAGGAAAGUGUGAAACGCAGCGAGAAGAAAGGGGCACCUCAAAGUAUUGAAGAGGAUGCUGAAGAGGAUGACACGAAGGUCGAACCUCCUCCAGGGUACAAGGCGCCAGAACGGGAACAAACAGACGAAGAGAGCACCCCGGAUGUCGACGACAAAAUCGCCGUCUUUAUCAGCAACCUGGAUUACUCAGCUACGGAAGAGGACGUCAAGGCAGCUUUGGCACCGGCUGGACCGAUCACAAUGUUCAAAAUGAUUCGCGACUACAAAGGACGUAGCAAGGGCUUCUGCUACGUGCAAUUAACCAGUCCAGAAGCCGUCGAGCGAGCAUUGCAGCUAGACCGAACAAACGUGAACAACCGACCAAUGUUCGUGUCUAGAUGCGAUCCGAACAAGAGUUCCAGAGGGUCGGCCUUCAAGUACAGGAGUUCCCUGGAGAAGAACAAGCUCUUCGUCAAAGGUCUCCCGGUGUCGACCACGAAGGAGGACCUGGAGGAGCUCUUCGGAUCUCAUGGGACCCUAAAGGACGUGCGGAUAGUGACCUAUCGCAACGGACAUUCCAAGGGACUGGCGUACGUCGAGUUCCAGGACGAAGUCGACGCCAAAAAGGCGCUGCUGGCCACAGAUGGGACUAAAGUCAAGGACAAAGUGAUCAGCGUGGCCAUUAGUCAUCCGCCGGACCGGAAGAAGGGACUCGAAGAGACGAGAAUCAAGUCUCUAGGCGGAUCCUCGGUGAGCAGGACGGUCUCCGGGUUGCCGAAGACCCUCUUGUCUCUGGUUCCUCGCAGCGUUAAGACCGUCUCCGCGAACGGUAACGCGGGGACCUCGGACUCCGUCGUCGCGAAGCCUGCUCUGAGCAAUCAGGACUUCCGGAAGAUGCUCCUGAACAAGAGGCAAUGAACCAUUCGCUAUGCGCCCUGGUCAUUAAACGACCCUCGUCUCGCUGAACUAUCGUUGUAACUUAUAGUUGCCCAAGGCGCGUGACAGGUCGACGACGAGUACAGUGAAAGUACCAGUUCUAUAAAAUAAAUACCUUUAAUGAGA